AAUAAAGUUACACAAGCUGGUUUGAGCGGGCGCGUGUGAGUGUAUUAUUCACGCCGGGCUGGUGUUCAGUGGCUCUAGUCUGUCAUUGUCUUUAAAUCUUAGAUUUAAACAGAGUGUGGAGGAGCACAGCAGAGUAACGGUGAUUGGUAAAGUUCAACGUAAACUCAUUCACAAAAAACCACAGGAGAGGAGAAGGGGUGGAUCCUGAAGAGAGACCCACGGAGCAGAAGACAAAUCGGAUUGGAAACCCACGGAGGGAGAACGAGAGAGCCAGAGAUAGACUCGCGUGGUUACACCUUACAUCUCAAAUGGAUAUCAUUUUCGCCUUCAUUAUAACGGUGCUUUCCUUCGUUUUUUUCGGUCUGGUAAACAGAAUUCUGGACCGACUUCCCAUCCCUGAAUCUGCGCUAAGAAACACAUGGAAAUGGAAAAACAUCUCGACUUCCUUUGUACACAGCUGCAUUACGGCGACUUGGGCUGUGUCCUGUUUCUACCUCCAUCCCCAGAUGGCUGAAGACCUAAUUUCAACACAUUCGGAUUUUUCCCAUGCAUUGGUAGCUGUGUCUGUAGGGUACUUCCUUCAUGACAUUGUGGACAUGAUCACUCACCAGAAAUUGCAAAAGUCCUGGGAACUGCUUUUCCAUCAUGUUGUGGUGAUGACAUGCUUUGGGAUUUCUGUUUUUCUGUGCCGCUAUGUGGGUUUUGCUGUAGUGGCUUUGCUGGUAGAGAUCAACUCGAUAUUCUUGCACCUUCGCCAAGUUCUGCUUUUGGCCAGUUUAUCCCAAACCACAAUCUACAGACUGAACAGUAUGGUGAACCUUGGGACUUAUGUGGUCUUCCGCAUUCUAACACUGGCCUGGAUGACCCGUUGGCUUGUACUGAAUCGUGACAAUGUGCCUCUACUCAGCUAUACCAUUGGUAGCCUUGGCAUGGCCAUCAUCACUGUCAUGAACAUUGUGCUUUUUGGUCGUCUCCUCCGCAGCGACUUUCUCAAAGCCAGCAGGGAAGUGAAAAGGGAAAAAGACAAGUAGACUUUCCAGAACUAUUAAAGGGGUUUGUGACUGAGGCAAUAGACAGAAACCACUUUUGUAUGCAAUUCUUAAUUCACUGAGCUGUAACUGGUCACCAGUGUUGCUUGUUUGAUAAACUACUUGUAAUUAAGUAUGAGGUUUAACUGUGGCCCUUAUCUCACCUACAAAGCAUUCAUCUUUUGGUGCUACUUGUAAUGGGAGCCUGUGAACUGCACUAAAAACUCUGCUUCCUGGCCUAAACACUGUGAAGACAUGUGGCCCCACGUGCCUGGUUUUGCUCAAAGCUUCCACAUGGUAACUCCUUACAUUUUAUUGUGUCUGGCCACAGGAUUUUCUUUAUCUGUCCUAAAGCCUUUUGGCAUUCAUACUGUUCAUUGUCCAAAUUGAAUAUUUUUCUUCAGUCAAGGAUAAAAAACAUGACUGUAU